AUGACGAGGAAGAGGCGGGUGGUUAAGCGGCUGAAGAGGUGGAGGCUGCCAUGUCUUCGCCGUCAAGUCAAGCCCCGCCCAGCUCUCCUCGCACCCUGCAGGCCCUCGGCGCUUUUCGAUUGCGCAAGCCGUGCCGAGAUUGAGUCGGUGCUCUCACUUGGCGUCUCCCCGGAUCGCAUUGUCUACGCCAACCCCUGCAAGGCGGGGCUGCAUAUCGAAUACGCCCGAACCGUCAAUGUGAACCUCGCCACAUUCGAUUCGGUGCACGAGCUCCACAAGAUGAGUCAGCACCAUCCCCAAUGCUCGCUCCUGCUCCGCAUCAAGCCUCCUGUCAGCACCGGGGUCCGCCGCUCCCUGGGCGCCAAGUACGGUGCGUUACCCGACGAGGUGGGCCCUCUGCUAGAAGCCGCCCAGUCAAUGGACCUGUCGGUUAUCGGCGUCUCGUUCCACAUUGGCAUCUCGGCCACCGUCUUCGAAACCUACGACGCAGCGAUCGAAGCGGCCAGGGAAGCGUUCGACCUAGCGGAGGAAAUGGGCUUGCCGAGGAUGAGCGUGCUGAAUAUUGGCGGAGGGUUCACCGCUGGUCCACUGCUGGAGAAGGCAGCAAAAGUGAUAAAAUGCUCAAUCGAUUCUCGUUUCGGAGACUGGGCUGGGCUGAGAGUGAUCGCAGAGCCAGGGAGGUGCUUCACGGAGACGGCGGCCACGCUGGCCACGUGCGUGAUAGGGAAGAGGGUGAGAGGGGCGAAGAGGGAGUACUGGUUGAAUGACGGGAUAUACGGGUCGAUGUGCUGCAUCAAGAUGGACGCCGUGAGCGUGUCGAUCGUACCACUGGAGCAGAGGCCGGAGGGGACGGAGACGUACGCUUCCACGGUGUUUGGACCGACUUGCGACUCAAUGGAUGUCAUUGCGAGCGAGGUGGAGCUGCCGGAGUUGGAGGUGGGGGAAUGGAUGGUUUCGCCGGCGAUGGGAGCUUAUACAAAGGCUAUGGGGUCAAGCUUCAAUGGAUUCUCAACUCCGGACUUGCGAGUUUAUUUGGCCAACUCAGUGACCACAGAGUGAUAGCAGUACGAAUUGCCAUCUUUGCGCGUGACUUGGAUUUGUAUUUCUGCUUUCGUUUCAUAAAAGGAUUUGUUUGUGGUUUGUUGGUCGUGUUAUUUGGAGCGCUUAGUCAGAAGCAUCGCUGUUGAUGGAUCCCUUCUUAUGGUUGUUGUUCGUAUUGUUCUCGCAUGGGAUGGCAUAAAUCGAUCCAUAGCAAUUCGUACGUUUAUAUUGAAUA